AUGCCGCCUGCAAGACGCCCCAAAGGGAUACCUAGACAGGACGUAUUACGGUGGGUAAGGUUUCUGGAACUGGACGUCGACUUGGAUGCGUUCGUGGACCCUUUCGCAAAGGACGCAGAAUUGGCCGGUACAAGAGAAGAAUGGCAGGACGCACAGGCGAAGCUAUUUCAGCUUCGCACCCAGGACAGGACGAAUCCGCUCGUGGCCGACUUGGAAAACAAGAAAGAGAUGCUGAAAUUGGUCAUUCGCGGGAAGGAAAAGGUCAGUUCGGAGAUUCAGGAAGCCGUACCUAAUACGCCACCAGAGGAAGUUGCCUUGCAGAACUCUGCAUUGGCUCUUGCUCGUGAGGUGGGUAUGGAGGGCCUCGAUCUACUACGUACCCUUUUGGCACGUACUGGCGAGGUUAAAGGCUUGGAAGAGAUGGUUCCGCGUUCUGCGUGCGUGGAAUCCAUACUCAAGGAAGCGGGUCUGGAGGAAGAAGCCGAGCUUAGGAAGGCUGUCGCGCUAGUGAAGAUGGCGAGAAAGGCACCUGGACUGGACGAAGACGACAUAUUAGGGGGCGCACGACAGUUUCUGAAGAGGGCGAUAAGACAACAAGCGAAGGUCGGGACAGACACGGACCUCCAGGCCGUCAUUGCCCUAUUCCUCGCAGCGCGGCAGACACUGGGUCUCCAAGAUACCAAUGAAGGCGGCGAUGUCAUCAAAAUGGUCAACAAAUUGCUGGUCCACUACCACAGGACCGGUGGAGGGGACAAUUUCGAGAUGUUACUGGUCAUGCAGACCCAAGCCGGCGGCUUCCCGCUACUUCAAGACAAGGUCAGAUGA